UCGUUCCGUAAUGCCUGACAGGGCAUGCUGGUCUUUCUGUAACACGUGUGCUGUAGUUGCCAUUGGAUUUUGUUUCUUGUUAAAGUUUACAUUACUAGUUUAGUUGCAGUAAUUGUAUAGUUUACUCUGUAGUAAAAAUGUCCCAGGUGCAGGCUCGAUUCUUUACAGACAACAAAAAGUAUUCAGUUGAUGAUGUGCCUUUCUCAGUCCCAGCUUCAUCUGAAGUUACACACCUUGGCAAUUUGAUCAACAAACUCUUGGAAGCAAAGGAUGAGGACCACAGUCAUGUGGAGUUUGACUUUCUCAUUAAGGGUCAGUUUCUGCGGCUUCCUUUGGCCAAACACAUGGAACUGGAACACAUUUCCACAGAAGAUGUGGUUGAGAUAGAGUAUGUAGAAAAAUACAUAGCCCCUCAGCCUGAAGAAUGUAUGUUUCAUGAUGACUGGAUCAGUUCACUUGAGGCUACAGAAGAAUGGAUUUUAAGUGGCUCAUAUGAUAAGACUGCUCGGAUCUGGUCCCUUGAAGGAAAGCCAUUGACAGCUUUGACAGGACACACUGAGGUGGUGAAAGAUGUUGCCUGGAUUAAGAAAGUUUUGCAGUGGAUCCUGGGACAAGAUGGUAAAGAUUUGGUCAGCAGUUCCUACAGAUGAAGAGGAUGAAAUUGAAGAAGCAGCUGCAGCCAGGCCCAGAAAGAAGCAGAAGACUAUGCAGAUUGGAUUGACAAGGACUCCUCUCAUGACCUUUUCAGGCCACGGUGAAGCAGUUUCCUCAGUGCUGUGGCCAGAGGUGGAUGAGAUAUAUAGUGCAUCAUGGGAUCACACAAUCCGAGUGUGGGAUGCUGAGACUGGUGGAACCAAGACAACUCUGAUGGGAAACAAGGUGUUUAACUGCAUUUCCUACUCCCCUUUAUGUCGAAGAUUAGCUUCAGCAAGCACUGACCGACAUAUCAGGUUGUGGGAUCCUCGGACAAAAGAUGGAUCCUUAGUAUUGUUGACGUUGACAUCACACAAUGGUUGGGUGACAGCAGUGAAGUGGUCACCUCUUCAUGAAAAACAACUGAUAUCUGGAUCUUUGGACAACAUUGUCAAAGUGUGGGAUACACGAAGUUGUAAGGCUCCUUUGUAUGACCUGGCUGCUCACGAGGACAAGGUUCUGUGUGUUGAUUGGACAGAAGCUGGGUUGCUGUUGAGUGGUGGUGCAGACAACAAGCUGUAUUCCUUCCGAUAUUCAGCCGCCGCCUCAGAUGAUGGAGCAUGAUAUUGUUCAGCAGAUGGCAAAAUGGUGUCUUGACAGUCGUCGUGAAAUAUUUAUUCUUCAAGUUGUACAGGGAGGAGGAGCACACUCCUGUUAUUGUAAUUAGAUUUUUCUUUAAGUGACAUACGUUUACGUUUGUAAGAAAUUGCUCAAGUUUGUAUAGUGUUGCCAGAGGACAGUCUUUGAAAGUGAUUUGUUUAGCCAUGUCUUCGUUCUGAUGCAACUUUUCUGGUGGCAGAGUUGGCAUCUUUCUAAAACUGUUUAUUCUUGAUUGUGAAGGUUUAUUUGGAGGAGUACAUUGGGUUAAGUUAGAGGAAUAUAAAAAAACUUGUACCUUGUUUGCAAAAUUAACGUGCAGUGUUUCUCUUCCACUACAGUAGUUCUUGAAAAAAAAACUCAGGCUUUAAAAAUGAUGGUUUAAUGUCAUAGGUGCAGUUUUAUCAGUAUACAUUGUGACUUAUCUGUUGACCUUGUACUAGCAGCAGCAUCAAAAAUGUACUUGCCUAGUAAAAUAUUUGUAUUUUAAAAGCUUUUCUUAGUUAUAUAAAUGAAAUCAUAUUUUUUAGACUAUCCUGGUGGGACCCAUUUCUUAAUCUCACAAUAUGGCAUUACAUUGCUGUGCUCAGUACUGGGCUGACAGACUCUGGGUAGUUGGAAGAAAUUUGUAAGACAAAACCAAAAGACCAUACAGAGUAAAGAUGUAGCUGUAGAACCACAAUAAUCCAAAAACAAAGCAGCCAAUACCAACAAAAGACAGGAGCCAGUUUAUUAGCAGCAGCAAAGCUUUCGGGUAUCAAUUACCCUUCUUCAGGGCUUAAUAACAUUCCCCAUAAAGUUAACAGUUUAUAUACACGUAUCGAUUAAUUGGGUCUAUAUUAUAACCUCGAAGGUUUAAUACUUCAAAUGCAUAAAGAUCGAACUUUAUGCAUCGAAGUGUUAAACCAUCGAACCGUAAUAAAAAAAAUUACUAAAACAAAAAAAAUUAAGCUAAAGUGUUGCACCCCCCCCCACCCCCCGCUACUUAAAUAUGCCAACUCCGAGAUCGCACAACGUUGAAGUAAAUGGAAAUCUCUCCUUAUAGAGAUUCCCGUUUAAAUGUUCGAUGUUGAGCGCUUUCAGUAAUCUCGUGUUGACAAUAUCAUAUUCGAUAUCGUCAGACUUUUGAGAUUCUGAUAUAGAUCAAUUAUAUCUCACAGCCAAUCAAAUAAUUAACCACAAUAAUCAAUCCUUAAAAAAUGUGUAUAUUGAAAAAACAUUAAGAAUACUAUGUGUAUGUAUGUAUGUAUGUAUGUAUGUAUAUA